AAACUAACAGGCUGUGGUCGCAGCCCGCCCCUCACUGCGCGGUAAUUACACACCAUCCUUCCUCAAAUCACGCCGAGACUGAGGCUAAACCCCUGCACUUCAUUUUCUAUCUGUUUCCCCCAGAGCCUGUACUGAAAAUACUCCCAGACAGCUGCAGAACACCGGCCGUAUUUGUGGACUUAGUUGUGUUUGUUUGGAGUUCGUUGUGCAGCUCAAUGGGUCUGUGGAUUCUGCUCCUCUGCUCUGUAGUCGGAGUUCUCCGUGCGCAAGAUGUUUCCGUAGGAAAGGAGCAGAUCUCUAUCGAGGAGUGUUGCAGCGAUGGUCACCAACGGGGGUCCGCCAACCAGGACUGCACUGCCCUCCCGCUCAUCUCAGAGUCCACCACAUGCAGGAUCGUGCAGGAGCAGUGCUGUGUCACGGUGCUCGAGGACAGCAUGUGCACGACGGGCAUCAACAUGGCCAAGGAGCGGAGCUCCUGCUACACCGACCAGUUCUCCAACAGCUGCGACAGCAAGACCACCAAGGUGCAUGCCUGA